AUGUCGAAAGAUUUGGAAGAUUUGAAAGAUUUAAACGAAAUGAAUUCCAACAAUGAAGAAGUUAAUGACAAAAAUUUUGAUUUUUUCAGUAAAAAAAAGGAUGCACCAAAUUCAGCAAAAAAUUCAAAAUUUUCAAUUCGUGAUAUCCUGAACAGUGAGAAUUCUUCGAAUCAAACUGAUAUAAAAGUGCCUCAUCGAAGUAAUCAGCCAAUAGUACACCAUCGUAAUCUCAUUUUACCGCCUUUUGUUGAUAUGUUACAUAAUGAGUUUUCAUGGCACCCGCUAUGGCUAUCAACGAAUUAUUCCAUAUCAGCAGCACAACGAAAUCGCAAUCCAUUAAUAAAUACUGCGAAACAAGCAGACCUCGUGAAUUUAUUCGGCUAG